UCUCCGCUCUAAGAGCUCCGGGAGUAAGCAGCAGAAGGAGGAACGUUCCUGCAGCUGCAGAAAAUAGCGCCAUCCUGCGAAUGCUGUAUCCAGGCAACCAGAGGAGGAGGCGGGGAGAAGAAGCUAAAGAGAGGAGGAGGAAGAGGAGUGGGUCAGACUGCCAAGCAGCUGAGGAGGAGAUGGAGCAAAGCGUCAUCCACCUGAGCCACUGCCAGAAGGAGAUCUUCUGCUUCACGGUGCCUGAGGUGUGUCCGAGCUGCGGGGAGGAGCUGAAGGGCCGCAGACUGCAUGAGGCACCGGUGAGUCUGCCGUCCCCCUUCACCGAUGGACACAAGACCUCCUGCUGCCUGCUGGUCGCUCCUGCACACAACAACCAGGACAGAGACUUUACUGGGACAUCAGACCUGCACACUGGCAUCUCCAACACUAAAGGUGUUGUUUAUAACUACACUCAGGAUGGCGUGCGGCGAGAUCAGAGUGGGUGGAGCCGCUGUGUCAGCGUCCCCCUGGUCCGACCCGACAUGUUCCACCUGCUGGCUCAGUGGGACCAGUACCUGGAGACGUUCUCUGAGGGACCCGCCUGGGACCCAGUGUGGCAGAAGUUCCAUGAGGAAGACCACAACUGCUUCAGCUUCUGCCUCCAGUUCCUGAACGGCGUCCUGGCCAUGGAGGGUCGCGGCACUCUGAGCCGGGAUGACUUCACCCGCUGCUUCAUCCUGCCGAGGAUGAGGAGGGUGUCAAAGUACACCACGCUGAUCCGGCACCUGCAGGAACACCAGUACUACCUGGCAGACAGGCAGGAGACACUGGGAUACGGGCAGGAAGAGUCGGUCGCCACCAGUUAAACCAAUCAAUCCACCAGUUAAAACAACCAUACUACCAGUUAAACUAGUCUCAGUAUUGUUGAAGCUAAAUAGCUGAAACAGCAACCUGACCACUAGUUAAAUCAGUCUGGUCAACUGGUCUGUUUUGGUGUGACAUGAAUGUUUAUUUAUUGUUUGUAAAUAAAGGUGAAUAUUUUCAUAAACCAUAA